ACAUAUGUAAUGCUUUAAUUGGCAAAUUAAGACGUUGCUCAUGACAGUCUUGUACAAUACCUGCAUCUAAAUACCUGCUGGUGACUAUGUGGAUGGACAGGGGUAAACGGCUCUUAUGAGUUCCUACAUUAGGUAUUCAGAACAAUAAUAGGACCGACUAAUUUAACAAAUUCAAGAGAUUACCUCAGGUACCUAAGGUACCUUCUCAUGUUUAUUCAUACAUUACACGCUCCAAAAUAUCUUGGCUUGAUGAGAAGCGGGAUAUUAUUAGAAAACGCUACAAAGUAAUAUUCACUCGAGGAAACCUGGUUCCCGUCUUGAGCAGUGAGCAUUAUGACCGAUUUUACCCUAUUUUCUGGACAUAACUCAGCCCUACAAGGAAUAUUAAAAACGCCAUCGCUUCUGGUGGCGCAGACGCGAAUGGCCGGGGACUGACUCCUUGUCUGGGGGGGUGUGAAAGAUACGUAGCUGUCGCCUAUGGGAUUGUAGUCCCUGCCAUCCUUGGCGAUGGAUAUUGAGACUAUUCCAACUUGAGUCUUCUACUAGAAGUACCUAGUGGCAGGAAAGAUGUUACGUGAGUGAUCUCGCUCGCUGUAGAAAAAAAAUCCACCCGGAGAAAAGAGCGAGAAAAAGGGGGAAGUUGAAUCUUUACCAGUUCAUAAAUAUCACGCCCUUCCAAAUCUUCCCCUUGUUCCUACCCAUUAUGACCGGCAAGACGAGCGACGAAAAGCCGCGUCCGGCUAAGGAGACAGCGGAUUUCCAGAAUACAGCGCUCGCGCAGCAGUAUGGCGGUGGACAUGCUGGUGGCUGGGUUGGCCGUUUGCCCUCAUCAUGGGUUCCUUACGUCCAACUGGCAAGACUGAGUCCUCCCGCAGCUCUGUUUCUCAUCUACUUCCCUCACUUUUUCGGAAUUAUGCUCGCCGCCAUUAUCCAACGAUCACCUAUCUCCCAGGUCAUCCGAGCGAGCUUAAUCAUGCUCGGCGGCAGCUUCUUCUUCUCGAACGCAGCUCACGGCUGGAACGACCUCAUCGAUGCGCCCGUCGACAAGUCCAUACCUCGUACAAGCAAGCGUCCUAUUCCUCGAGGCGCUAUUACACCCCGAGCCGCUUUCGCAUUCACGGCUUCACAGGCCGUCGGUGCGUCCUUCUUUCUACUCCUAAUGCCUUCCGGAAGCGCGAUCUACGCCGUUCCGAAUAUUAUCGGCACAUUUUACUACCCCUGGGCAAAGCGACACACCAACUUCGCGCAACUGGUGCUCGGCUUCUGCUUAGCUUGGGGCAUUAUCAUGGGGUCGUGCGCAAUGAGCCUGGAGCCAUUUACGGGAGGACCCUUUGGAAGCAGCAACGGAUGGGAGCAGUCCUUCUGGGUUGAGCCGUCAACCAUGUGCCUCUUUCUUGCGAGUAUCCUAUGGACGGUUAUCUACGAUUCGAUUUACGCGCAUCAAGACGUCAAGGAUGACAUCAGGGUGGGUUUAAAGAGCAUUGCCGUUCUGCUUAGGGACUGGACCAAAGCGUUCCUGUGGCUGCUCCUCGGUUGCAUGGUCGCACUGUUAUACGCAUGCGGGAGUCUGCUAAACACGGGGCUCGCCUUUCAUGUGCUCGCCGGCGGCGGCUCUCUUCUUUCCCUCGGCGCGAUGAUCGCUAAUGUCGAGUUGAAAGACUCGGCGAGCUGUUGGUGGUGGUUCCGAUACGGAUUCUGGCUAGCAGGAGGCGCCAUCGCGGGAGGGCUUCUCUCCGAAUAUGCGACGACUGUGCUAGCGUUAUAAGGGUUUUAUCAUUGCUAUGUACAAUACAGGAACAAAUGAUAAUAAAGACGGAUAAAUUUCAGGCAACUAUGCUCGCUAACAAACCGUAUAAUAGCUCAAUAAAUAAAACGUGAAGUCGGAUACACGGUCGCGUUAUCAUAGACUAUGCGUAGACGGAUAAUAACGACUUGCGUAAACAAUCAGCGUUAGAAGAAUAGUUGUAGGCUCAAAAACGACUUGUCCGGAAUCAAAUUCGCCGUAAACCGUACACGAGUAGGUGAUGAUUCCCUUAUCCCUGUGGCUAUAUUCGGAUCUCACCACGGUGACCGAAUUUGGCAAUAAGCCGAAGGCCGAAAAGACAAACGCCUCUCCACCAAUUAGCAUCU